GAUGCAUGAUGGGACUCAUGAUGAAGGGAGGAGGAGUCGCUGUCUCGUGGAAGACACACACGCUGAUUGUUUGGGGUAUUUAUAGUGUGCUGAGGACUGUGUUUGUCUUUUCGCACUAUUGCAUUUAACGAUGGCAAGAUUUUGGUAAGCUUUCUUUAUGGGUCAUAAUGCAGCAUAAGAAUGUGAAAAGACGUCAAAGACCGGUAACCCAGAAACAGAGAGGACUUCCCUUAUUUUGUAGGAAGCUGUUGAGGCAGAAUGGAUUCUGGGGAAUCCUAAAGCACCUCUGCUUUCACCCGAGCUGCUGCGUCUGUUUUUCUUACUUCAAUAAAGGAAGAAAGAAUUGGCUUCAGCAUAAAAAGAAAUGGCAAGGCAUCCAAUAUAAAUGUUUAAAGGGUGUGUGUUUUAACAGAAAUUCCGUAUCUGAAGCAAAUCCAGUGAAAUCCAGUACACUGAUAUCAGCAGGAAUUUCCCUUGAAGAGGUAGAAAAUGGCAGUGCUUUACCUGAGGAAACAUUAACAUCAAACCCACAAGCAAAAGUGUGUGCUAAGAAAGAAGCUGAUCAAGAGUUGCCUGCAUUUCCUAGUCCACAGAUUGAGCGUUCAGCUGGUGAUGCACAUUUUCAAAGGCAGAUUGAUAUUCCUAGGGAAGACACUUCUGCUCUUUUAUCUGUCCAGAAAUGCAAAUCCUUAAUGAAUGGGAGAACCAUUCACAGCAAUAACAAAGCAGCCAAGGUCGCUAAAAGCAGCUAUAAGAAAGCACUUUUAAAUAAGAUAUAUAUUGUCAAUAAGAAUAAGAAGCAUUUGAGUUCAGCUCUCAAAGACAAAAACGUUCCUUUGUUGAUGCGGAUUACCGAGUCAUCGCUCUUCAAAUUUGCACAUCGGUGUAGAUUCAAGAACUUGCCAAUAGGAAGGCGCAGAAAAGCAGAACGAGCGAAAUACUUGUCAAGGAUUUCCACUCUCAGACAGAAAAAGCUAAGAGGGAUAGCACUGAACUUCUUAUCUCAGUGUAAUACGGAUUCAGGAGACAUAGUGAAAGAAAUAAAAAGUUGCUGGCUGCAAGAAGUAAAGUACAAGAAGCCUACUUUAAAUAAAACUAGGAAACAUGGGGUAACUCAUUCAGAUCUAGAAGGAAUGAGUUCACAGAACACCUCAGUCCCUGUAGAGAUUGCAUUGGUGGAAACAGCUGAAAAUGAUCCAAAUUGUGAGCCUGUGGAUCAGCUGUGCAACGCUGCUAUUGAAGUUAGUGGUGAAUGCAAAAAGACGUUUGUGAAAAAAGCAGUGGGAAAACUAAAAGAAGCAGGGCAACUAGCUACUGACCAGAUAGAACAUACCUUGGUUAAUGGCACAGGAGACAUGGAAAGUAAUAACACUGAUAAAAGCACUGACAAGGAAGUAGGGCUUCCUGUUUCAUUCUCUAACCCUUUCCAGACACCGUUACGGGAUCAUGUGUAUUGUAAGAGUCGUGGUUUUACAGCUGGAGAGCUUACUGAUGAAUCUGAUGGAAGCGAGAGUAUGACAAAAGCGCAGCUGCUGACCUCUGCGACUGGAGACGAAGAAAUUACUGAACUUAUUCAUGAUUAUCUGGAGGAGUUUUAUGGGAAAUAUGGCAGCUUUAUUCCUCUUAGCGAAAAUGAUGUGCUGGAAAAUCUGCAACAGGUUUUAAGUAAAGAUGUUUCUGAUAGAAAGCCUUUCAUAUUCAUGGAAAUCAUGAAGUAUCAGGCUGCACUUGCAAAUACUCCAAUGUCCAAUUUCAAAGUGUCCUAUAACAAGCAUUCAUUGACUUUGGAGGAUCUGUCUACUUUGGAUGGCCAGAACUGGCUGAAUGACCAGGUUAUAAAUAUGUAUGGUGAGUUGGUUAUGGAUGCAGUACCUCAUAAGGUUCACUUCUUUAACAGUUUCUUUCAUAAACAACUUGUAACCAGAGGAUAUGAAGGAGUGAAGAGGUGGACCAAAAAGGUAGACCUGUUCAGUAAAUCCCUUUUGUUGAUUCCUAUCCACCUGGAGAUCCACUGGUCUCUGAUCACUGUGGAUAUGCCUAACCAGCACAUUCAGUUCUACGACUCACAGGGAAUUCAUUUCAGAUACCCUGUUGAGAACAUCUUGAGAUACUUGCUGACUGAAGCUAAAGAGAAGGGCAAGCCAAUUUUCCAGAAAGGUUGGAAAAUGAUCGUGAGCAAGUGCAUUCCACAACAGAACAAUGACAGUGACUGUGGCGUGUUUGUUUUACAGUACUGCAAGUGCCUGGCCUUAGGAAGACCUUUUCAGUUUUCCCAAGAGGACAUGCCCAAAGUACGGAAAAGGAUAUACAAGGAGCUUUGUGAAUGCAGGCUCUUGGAAUGAGAGGGAACUGUCCGUGGCAUUGCUUUCUUCAUGUUUUUGUUUUGUUUUCUCUAUGCCACAGAUGUGUCUGCCUUAGUGGGCAGUGAAUGGGGUACAUGAUUUCAGACCAAAUACAUUAUGGAAAAGAUGGUAUAAUUCUGUGAAAUUCAAUUAAAACAGUGUGAAACUUCACUGUAAUAGGUUACUUUAUUAUGGAAGCAGGGAUAAUUGCAUGCUCUCUUAACAGCCCAGUGUACAUUUAGGUGGGGGGGUGGGUUCUUUGUUACUGGUAGAAGUGCCUAACUGGUAGAUGACUGACUUUAGACCCUGAUUGUAUGCAGUGUUGUUUUAAAACCCCUCCAGCUAGGCCAUACAUCAUGGGAAAUGUAGUACUGUUUGUAGGAAAAGGUCUGCCAAGGUGAAAACCUACUGUUACCUCAAGUUAAAGUUUAUAAUUUGUUUACAAUCCGUUGCAAGUAAUUACCUGAUCAAUAGUGUACCUGUACUUAGAAGGCAUGUAAAUAUGGCAGUGAGUCGAUUUGGGGCCCUGUGCACUAUAUUAAGCAUCAUUUAAAGCUGUUCUCAAGCUUACCCUGUGUGACAAGCUGAUUUUAAGGUAAUUCUAACCAAAUUGUGUUUACCAUGUUCGAGCAUUUGACACAUUAGUUCACUUGAUUAAGAGUUCUUAAGCUAUAUGAAGCCGUUAAGACUUGAUUAAUAAUUAAUUAUAUAUAUAUAUAUUUUUUUUUUUUUAAAGAACAAAGUUAAACAUGUAGUGUAGCUGCACUAUACUGAUUCUUUAUCAAUGAGAACCAUACAGGAGUGCCUGCAUUCUGUUACACUGAUAUGGCUUUUUGGAGUUAGUUGUGUUCUAUUUUUUAUUUUAAGCCAGCUCAGUUUUCAAGGGUUUAAGUGGAACAAGUAUAGGGAAGCAACAAUUCGGAUGUAUACUUAGAGAUAACAUUGUGUUUUGAACAUGCUAUUACCUUAUAAGUUUGCUAUACUACAACAAUGUUUACAAUGUAAAUGUUUGGAGUUUAAAUGGGGGAAUAAUAUGAAUAGUAAAACUACUUGAACUGUAAACAAAAGAAGAAAAAUGUGUUUGAAAAAUAAAAGUGAAUGUUUUUCUCAA